GAGCAGACGGCAAGCAGUGAACAGAGCACCUCCUCCAGGCUUACAGAUGUGGACGGAGCACAGUGCAAGUUAUAGUCCCGGGUGUCUGGCCCAGUGAUUCAUUCCCAGACAGGAGAGCAGAAGAAAGGACCAUGGGGAUAUGCCGGGGCAGGGACGUAGGCUGGUUCCUUCCACACCUGUUCUGGCUGCUGAUGAUUGCAGUGUCACCUACUCAUAGUCAAGGAUGUCCUCAGCGAUGUGAGUGCAUCACAAAACUCAAAACAGUGUCCUGUUAUGGUAAACGCCUGUCAGCAAUGCCAGACAGCAUCCCGCUGGACACCAAGAUCCUGGACCUGAGUGGGAACAAACUCCGCUGGGUGGAGCAUGGUGACCUGCUUCCAUAUCAACGUCUGGAGAAGCUGGACCUAAGUGAGAACACGAUCAGUGUACUGGAGCCAAAUGCUUUUUCUAGUCUACAGAACUUGCAGACACUUUCACUGAGGGGUAACCAGUUGAAACUGGUCCCUAUGGCGGCUUUCUCUCGACUCUCCAAUCUAACUUCCUUGGACCUGAGUGGAAAUAAAAUUGUGAUUCUCUUGGAUUUUACUUUCCAAGACCUGCGAAAUCUAAAAAACCUGGAAGUUGGAGACAAUGAUUUGGUUUAUAUUUCUAACAAGGCCUUUCUGGGUCUGGUGGGGCUGAGGGAGCUGACAAUUGAGAGGUGCAACCUGACUUCUGUGUCAAGUCAGUCUCUGUCCUACCUGCAUAACCUGGUGACUUUGCGACUCCGCUAUCUCAGCAUCUCCACCUUAGAGGACCAGAACUUCCGCAAGCUCGGAAACCUGAGAGGCCUGGAGAUCGAUCACUGGCCCUUAUUGGAGUACAUUUCUCCUCACAGCCUGCAGGGUCUUAACUUAUCCUGGCUGUCUAUCACGCACACCAACAUCACCUCUGUGCCCACAUCCGCCCUUCGCAGCCUGGCUCACCUCACCAGCCUCAACCUCUCCUACAACCCCAUCUCUAUGCUGGAGUCCUGGGCUCUGCGGGACCUUGUUAGGCUGAAGGAGCUGCAUCUUGUCAACACUAACCUGGCGGUGGUGCAGCCAUACGCGCUGGGCGGUCUACGUCAAAUCCGCCUUCUUAACUUCUCCACUAACAGCUUGGUGACCCUGGAGGAUGGAGCCUUCCAGUCUGUGAACACUCUGGAGACACUGCGUUUGGAUGCCAACCCUCUGGCCUGUGACUGCCGCCUGCUGUGGAUUCUUCAACGCAGGAAGACCCUGAAUUUCGACGGCGCCGCCCCUGUGUGUACAAUGCCCGUAGAGGUGCAAGGGAGGGCACUUAACGCUUUCUCUGACUCUGCUCUGUUCGAUCACUUUACUUGUCAGAAGCCGAAAAUCCGCAACAGGAAGCUGCAGCAGAUAACUGCCCGUGAGGGACAGGUGGUGUCAUUUAUAUGUAAAGCAGAAGGUGAGCCAACACCCAAUAUAUUCUGGAUUUCUCCUCAACGCCGCCGCAUCACCACAAAGAGCAGCGGUCGCCUGACUGUGUUACCAGAUGGAACAUUGGAAAUACGGUACGCACAAGUGAUGGAUAGUGGAACUUACAUCUGCAUAGCCAGCAAUGCAGGUGGAAACGACACCUAUUUUGCCACUCUUACAGUGAGCGGGCUGCCACUAGACGCAGCCCUUAUGGCCAACCGCACUUACUAUGCUGGAGACCUUAAUGACACAAAUCUAAAUGACACCAGAGUCUUCUUGAAGUUUACUCUGGACCUUAAAACCAUCCUCAUAUCCACAGCUAUGGGCUGUAUCAUGUUUCUGGGGGUGGUGCUCUUCUGUUUCAUCCUGCUGUUUGUGUGGAGUCGAGGGAGGGGGCAGCACAAGAACAAUUUCUCUGUGGAGUAUUCCUUUAGAAAGGUGGAUGGACCCGCUGCCAGUGGAGGACAGGGUGGGGCACGCAAGUUCAACAUGAAAAUGAUUUGAAUAUGGGAAUCUGUUUCUCUUUUUAGUAGUCUUUCCCUGAUGCUUUUAUAAGCAGGCUCUGUGAGGACAGAAUGGGAAGGGGAAGUGAAAUGAACCUUUGUGCUUGCAAACUACUAAAUACGGUUAUUUAUAGGACAUUUUAUUGGAGACAAUGUUUUGUUUUUGAAACUAUUGUAUUUAAGAGAAAAAGGAAAUCUGUAUGGAUUUAAUAUAUUUGUAUAGCUUUGUUGUGUGUUCAUAUUGUUGUGCAGAGGAAAGCUGGAUCAAAGUUAAAGAUGUCUAAAUGUUGUAAGACUGUUAAAGGACCAAGAAGCAAAAGCACUCCGAGUCCCAUAAGUCUUUAACCUCGACAAAGCUCUUGCCAACUCAAUCCUUCCUACCAACAAGGAACUCUGUCCCCUUCAUGUUUAAAGGACUUCACCUCUGCUCCAUCUGAGCCGAUUCAAAGUCUCUGUUUCCAACUCAUGAAUACAUUAUUAUAGGUUGGUGCUCAGUGAAUGCCAAGGACUUGCCAAUAAGUAUUUGAAUAGUUCCAGCUACAUACUGCGCAUUAAGACUUAUUUACAGUCAGGACUUUGGAGCACUCUUACGACAUAAAAUGGAGGCUCUGCUUUUUUUGUGUGCUGAAACUAGAUUUGUACAGAAUACAUUCGAGACUACUCUCUGCUACACUGCCAAUUUGACCGUAAAGCACCAUAUAAUCUCAAUGCAAUGCCAUUCUCACCUGAUAUUACUUAAAAUAGCUGAAAUCUUUUUUUAAACUAAAAAUGGGACUCGACAUGAUUUAAAUUCCCAAUACACAUUGUGUGUGAGCAAAACAGUACACACAGAGUCACACUUGCAAUACUUGGUUUUCCCUUGUUGUUAAUAUAAAAUACACAAAAGUCGCCCAUUUGUUCUUGAAAAAAGAGGUACAUAAAAGAUGAAUGCAUGUACAGUGUUGGCUCCUUACUUAGCUCAAUGUGUAUAAUUUGUAAACUGAACAUUUAUUGGGGUGUUUUCAUCUCAAAGUUGAAAUUGAUACUAUUGUAUAAAAAGCAAUUUCCUGUAUAAGAUGUACUAUAUAUUUUGUAAAUAUUGACAUUGAAAUCCUUGUGGUUGCUCAUAAUACAGUUCUACUGUCAUUCUAAUCUUAAUUUAUCUGAAAUUCUCCCUUUUUAAAACAGUGAAAUCCAGUCCAGAGCCUCACUCUUACCUUAAAAGGUCAUCAGAUAGAUAUUGCACAGAGACCUGCCUGCUCACUCUCUGAGCUCACACUGAAUCAUGAAGGGCGUUUACGUCACUUCCCUAUUUUUUUGACUGUGAGUGACAGUGGGGAAACUAGCUGACCAGCGGGGGAAGAGUUAAAUGGCUUCUGAUCCGACCUUGAUGUGUUUUUCGCAGGGAGAAAAUGCUAAUUUGAUAAAGACCUUGCAGACUGGAACAAAGGUCAUGAUGAAACUGAGCCAGAAGGAGUAAGGAGCUGAUGUAUUGUAAGAGGAGAUGACACUAAAAACAUCUACACCCUAUAAGAUAGCUGGUUCAAAUUUUGUGAAGGUUGAAGUUGAUUGAGUAAUUUUGCUGUUUUCAUUUGGAUAAACGGAUUAUUCAUGAAAUGAAUGAAUCUGAGAUGAAAAUAAGCUUUUCAGCAUUUUAGAGUAAGCUGGAGAUGUUUCUGUACUCUAUUAUACGAAAAGCAAACCCAUGUUUUCAUUUAUAGAUGAAAAGAGAGUAUGUUUUGCAAUUUCUUUCUUCUGAAUAUAUGAAUAUGAAGUGGCAGUGGCAGCACAUAAAAACAAACAAGCAAAUGUGCCAAUUAUAGGCCUUGAGCAGCAUCUGUUCUAGUUAAACAAGAAGCUUGGGGUAAUAAUUUUGGUUUCUCUUAUAACUUAGGACAACAUUUGGAGUUAGAUUAAGAAACGUUUAACUCCUUGUACAUUUCUUACCUUACAGAGUGUCUCUUGAUUGGAACAUUUAAGCUUUGGAAACAUAUAACACCAGCUCAGAAAACCAUCUCUUUCUGUCCCUCUUCAUCAACAGCAAUUUUAACAAUGUUAUACUGCUGCCCCCUGUAGGCUACAGAUGGUACUGAACUCUACAUUUGACAGGGGAUUUGACCCCUCCAAAACCAUUUUUUUUCAUAGUAAGCCAUUUAUUCAAUUUCCAACUUAGCAAAUGUGUAGAUAUAGAUGCACAAAAAGUGUAUGAGUUCAUUAAAAAUUGUGAUUGCUUAUAAUAAACUGCAAAGAUGAUACCUAACUGAUCUUACAUCAGUGAAUCUCUAUUUUAGACAUGUAAACAAACAAUUGAUGAUAUUUUUUUUCAUUGAACUGAACUGAAUCCAUCCUGUAGAUAUGAAAGCCAUUGUGUCUGAAAAUUGUACUUUUUUUUAUUGUAUUGUUUUAUAAAAAUGAAGCACACUGUUUAUAGAGCAUGCUGUAUUAUCUUCUAUGAUGAUGUCUUUGUCUCCUGUCCCAUUUUUUAUAGCAGUUAUCUGGUCACUUGACCUUUAUGGUGGCAGUCUGAGACGAUGAUUGAGAGUCAACAAUAAACCUGUGACCCCGUCA